AUGUCGACAGCAUCAAACCCCACGGAAAAGGUGCCACCUCCGUCCCUUAAAGCGACAGUCGGUCCAAAUCCGACGACAAACCGCGGUGCUCCGAGUGUUUUAAGUAUCCAUCCGAAAGAACCUAAGCUCAUUUACUGCAGUGGCAAGCUCGUCAUAGUACGUAAUCUGGAAGACCCGACCGACACUUUUGUGUACAAAGGUCAUAAUGAGCCUACUACUGUUGCCAAGUUUUCCCCAAGUGGAUACUGGGUAGCAUCGGGUGACGUAUCGGGCAAAGUGCGUGUAUGGUCGUAUGAUAAUCCAGAGCAUACACUCAAAUUGGAGAUUCCAGUAUUUGCAGGAGAGAUUAAGGAUCUGUCGUGGGAUCCUGAAAGCAAGCGAAUUGUAGCAGUUGGCGAUGGCCGAGGAUUGAUGGCACGCGUCUUCAUGUGGGACACUGGCAACAGUCUUGGCGAGAUCGUCGGCCACCAAAAGCGAAUUUUGAGUGUUGACUAUCGCCAAACGCGCCCAUUUCGCAUCAUGACGGCCAGUGAAGACUUUAACGUGUGUGUGUACGAAGGACCGCCAUUCAAGUUUAAGCAAAACAAUAAUAAUCUUCACACAAACUUUGUCAAUUGCGUGAGAUUCUCACCCAAUGGGGAGUUUGCUGUCAGCGUCGGCUCAGACAAGCUCAUGUGUCUGUACGAUGGUAAAAGUGGCGAGCUCAUAGAUAAAUUCCCGACGAAACAUCAAGCAUCAAUUUACUCGGUGUGCUGGAGUCCAGAUGGUUCUCAGCUACUGACGUCGUCGGCUGAUAAGACGGUACUGUUAUGGGAUGUUGCCUCUCGUAGUGUCCUCACCAAGUUCACGCUUGGCGGGACGAAGCCACAAGUGAAAGACAUGCAAGUUGCUGUUGCGUGGUGCCAAAAUUAUCUCAUUUCCCUUAGUUUAUCGGGUGAUCUUAAUUUCCUCGACGUCAACAACCCUUCAAGGCCAAAGCAGAUCGUGCAAGGCCACCAGGUGAGUAUUGUGUCGCUCGCUACUCAGCCAGCGCAGAACCGUUUACUAACGGGAAGUUACGACGGUGUUGUGUGCUCGUGGACGUCCAAAACUGCCAAAGCACUGGAGGGCACGCAUCAUACGGCAAAGAUCACUGGCAUUGCUGCCAAUUCGAACCAGCUUGCCAGUUGCGCUUGGGAUGAUCAACUUCGCUUCUCCAAUGACUGUGAAUACACUGCCUCCACUGCACUAAACGCACAGCCGAAUGGCGUAGCGAUCACAGAAUCAGGUCUUGCUGUGGUGAGCACAAACAAGGGGUUGAAGCUAGUGCAAGACCAGAAGGUGAUAUUCGAGACUCCUGAGUUUUCUUGGACGCCUACAUGUGUUGCAAUAUCACCUUCUGAAGAUCUUGUAGCCGUCGGAUCGCAAGAAGAUAUGAAGAUUCACUUGUUUGACGUGGCAAAUAAAGCUUCUUUGGUUGAAAGCGGCGAAAUUGCUGGACACUUGGGUGCACUAACGUCUGUGGCUUUUUCACCGGAUGGAUCACACCUUGCUGCUGGUGACACGUACCGCGAAGUGCGCGUGUGGGAUGUUGCAACGCGCUCUGCAAAGGUGCAAGGUAUGUGGGUUUACCAUUCGACGCGUGUGACGAGCGUGGACUGGGCACCAAGCGGCAAUUUUAUUGCCAGUGGAUCACUUGAUGAGCGUAUUUACGUCUGGGAUGUCAACAAUCCCAUGAAAAAGCGCUCAUUUGAGUUUUCGCACAAGGAUGGAGUCACAGCCGUUAAAUUUCUUUCUGAGACAGAGCUCGUUUCGGUCGGCAAUGAUGCUUGCGUUAACUACUGGGACCUGUCCUCAUAA